AAUCACAGGGGCUUGUUGGAUAGUAAACCCGGCAAUUGUAACAAGCCCCUGUGCUGGAAUCUUGACCCAAUCUUAUACUCUGUCGAUUGUCGAGCAGUGAGCCAGGAUCCCAGACUAUCCGAUAAAAUGAACAGUGUUAGUCUUGAAGACAUAAAUCAGUCAGAAAUUAAAGAGAAUACAGAUGAUGCAAUAAGUAAAGAUAUAGAAAUCUGUAUCAGCCAGUUCACACAGACAUUAGAAGAAAACUUAGCAUCAUUUAUUGAUGUCACCUCAUUAAUAGAUUACACUAAAAAGGGGAGACAACCAGCUGAAAAGCCAAUAUUUAAAUGUGGAGAAUGUGGGAAAAUUUUCCAGUUGAAACACCAUUUACAGACCCACAUGAAAGUUCACAUACCGGAGAAAUCUUUUAGCUGUGAUAUAUGUCAUAAAAAAUUCAGUUUGAGUCAUCACUUACAACAACACAUCAGAGUACACACAGGUGAAAGACCAUACAAAUGUGAUGUAUGUGAGAAGGCAUUUAUAUCUAGUUCUAAUCUAAAGCGCCAUCGGGACACACAUGGACAAAAAGUAGUUAAAAUGGAAGAUGACAAAAUGUACAUUACAGAGAAAGAACGUGAUUACAAAUGUCAAGUAUGUGACAAGGAAUUUGUACGGUACGACCACCUGAGGAGACAUGUUCAAAUUCACACAGGUGAUAUAAGAUUUACAUGUUCUGUGUGUGACAAAAAUUUUGGACGUAAAGAACACCUUACUAGACAUAUGAGAACACACAGUAAAUCUAAAUCACAUGUGUGUCCUAUAUGUAAACGUGCAUACACUAGGAAAUAUGGUCUAGAAGCCCAUAUGGAAACUCACGAAGACGAUGAGGACUCGGAGUAUGAAAGUUCUGAUGAAGAUAUUGAUCUUACAGAGGAGGAAGUUGAUAUGGAAGAAGGGGACAUUGAUUUGGAAGAGGAGGACAUUGAUAUAAAAGAGGAGGACAUUGAUAUACAAGAGAAAGACAAUAAUAUACAAGAGGAGGGCAUAGUAAUAAAAGAUGACAUUAAUAUACAAGAGAAAGACAUUGUAAUAAAAGAGGAGGACAUUGAUACACAAGAGAAAGACAUUGUAAUAAAAGAUAAAGACAUUGAUAUAAAAGAGGAGGACAUUGUAAUAAAAGAGAAGGACAUUGUAAUAAAAGAGGAGGACAUUGAUAUAAAAGAGGAAGACAUUCUUAUAAAAGAGAAAGACAUUGAUAUAAAAGAGAAAGACAUUGAUAUAAAAGAGGACAUUGUUAUAAUAGAAAAUGAAAUUGAUAUUUAGCAAGAGAAAAUUUAUGUGAAAGAGGACAAACUAGAUGUUAAAGAGAGGGUAGUUGGUGUAAAAGAGGAGCAAAACUGUGAUCAAUCCUGUUUGUUAUAUAAUAAUUGUUAAAAUAAAGUCCACCUGUUAUAUUGAUUAAUUAAGUUGCAAUUU